GCCGCAGGUUGCAGUGUGUGGCCGUCAGUGCCAAGGUCGGUAUCAGGUGUAGACGGGCUGACAGGAGGUGCUACUUAAGGCGGAGAGGCGGGCGGGGCCAUCAUUCUCAGCCACGCGUCUCGGCAUGAAGGUUGUGACGCAGGUGGUAGUGUGCUUAGCAGUGUGGGUGGCGGCAGCGGCGGCUGCGGCAGACCCAGAUGGCUCCUACCACCUAGAUUCACGUGGGGUGCAGGUGCAGUUAGGACUCACGCCACCCCACCAACUGCUCGAAACCCACCGCGCUGCCACUCAGACUUUCAGGCGUGACGGUGAUGCCGUGGGAAUGGCAUAUGGGGCAGCCCGGAUGGAGCCGCGCGAUUCUAGUCCCCAGUACGCGUGGGCAUACGAAGUUGCUGCACCAUCUAGCGGAGAUAGGAAGUCAGCGCGGGAGGAGCGUCGCGGGGACGUGGUGGUGGGCCAGUACAGCCUGGUGGAGCCUGAUGGUUCUUACCGUGUAGUGGACUAUUUUGUAAGACCUGACACUGGCUUCCACGCAACUAUCAACAAGGACGACACCCCUGAGGCUUUGGCUCAGCAGUAUGCAGUGCAGUACUCUGCUCAGAGCCGGAGGCAGCCACUCGCACCCACUCAGAUCCACGACCACGGUGCCCAACAGGCAAUCAGGGAUCACUUCAAGACCCCACAACUCAGGGAUCAGUUCCACAGCCGACAGCCUGAAGACCACUUCCAAAGCGCACAACUCAGGGCUCAGUUACAAAGUCCACACGUUAAAGCUCCUAUCGAGACCACACAAUUCAAAGAUCAGAUGCAAACCUCACAGGUGAGAGAUCAAAGUCAUAGUCUACAAGCUAAGGAGCAUUUCCAGAUUCCACAGUUUCAGCAUCGGUUCCAGAAGCCAGACGUUAAAGAUUUCUUCCAGGGCCAACAGUUCAUGCAUUUCAAAGAUCAGCUACAAAGCCCACAGCUCAAAGAGCAGUUCCAAAGCCCACAACUAAGAAAGCAAACCCCAACCCCCCAGACUGAAGACCAUUUCCAAACUCCACAAAUGAAUGAGCACUUCCAAACUCCACAAAUAAAAGAGCCGUUCCAAACUCCACAAAUGAAGGAGCAAUUCCAAACUCCACAAAUGAAGAUGAAGGAGCAAUUCCAAACUCCGCAUAUGAAGGAGCAAUUCCAAACUCCACAAGUGAAGGCGCAGGUUCAAACUCCCCAAAUACAGGAGCAAUUUCAAGCUCCACAAAUGAAGGAACAGGUUCAAACUCCACGAAUGAAGGAACAAUUCCAAACUCCACAAAUAAAGGAGCAGGUUCAAACUCCACGAAUGAAGGAGCAAAUACAAACGCCACAAAUGAAGGAGCAGCUGCAAAGCUCACAAUUCAAGCAACAUUUCCAAAGUCAACAGUUUAAGAAUGAAUUCAAGAGACCACAAUUUCAGCUGCAGUUUCAGAACCAACAAUUUAAGGAACAAUUCCAAAGCCCACAAUUCAACCAGCAUUUCCAAAGCCCACAAUUUAAGGAACUGUUCCAAAAUCAGCAGCUUCAACAGCAGUUCCAGAGUCCACAAUUCAGAGCUCAAUAUCAAAGCCCACAGCAACAAAUCCAGAUCUCACCGAUGCCAUCUCAGCAGUUCAUGGAUCAGCCAACAAUUCAAUUCCAAAAUCCACAGUUCAGUGGGCACCAUUUCUUCAGGCCACAGUCCCAAAGCCCACAGAUCCAGAGCCCACACUUUAAAGAUCACUUUGCCAUGCCACAGGAUAUGGAUCGCUUUAAUAUGCAGGUACUAGAUGACCAACGGUUGGCUGGAAAUCAGUUCAAACAUCCAUAUUUCAGCAGACACCAGUUCCUAAGCGAAGGGCUCAAGCAAGGACGGUUCCAAAGUCAAGAUCUCAUGAAAACUGUUCAGAAUCAACAGUCAUUGAAUCAAGAGGCUGGCAGACAUCAGCUUCAGCCCCAAAUGACAGGAGGCAAGAUUAAAGACAAAAUAACAGAGGAUCGGUUCAGAAGCAAGCCAUCCAAGGAAGAGCACCAGUCCCCUGACCAAAAAGGUGAUAGAAGUCACCUCCAAGACCAUCAGGCUAAAACACAGCAAUCUGAGAGAGAUGAACUUCAUAGGGACCAAUUCCGCAACCAACAAAAUAAAGAUGACCAAUUUCGUGAAACUCAUGACAGUAGAAGCCAGUUUUUAAGCACAGAUCAAGUCGUGGGACGGUUCAAUGAGGGAAGGUUCCAGAAUCCUCAGAACCAAUUUCAGAAUCAGAGAACUAUUUCAAGAACAUUUCAAAGAGAAAAUGUGAAACCGGAUGAACAGCAGCGUAGUGGCCAGCAAAGCCAUGCUCAGUCAAGCCCCGUACCUGGUUCUGGCGUCACCCUGAAAACUUCCCUUAGCACCUUCGACAGCGAACGCCGUGCUCAAGACUUCACUAGCCAAGGACAUGGCAAUGACAGAAGCAGUGGGGCUCGAACAUAUCUUUCCAUGCAGGGGCAUCCCAAACUCCGUCCUCGCCCUGUCAAUUCCCCUGUGGGCGUGCCUCUAGUCCACCAAUAGUUAUAUCGAAUUCAAAAGAAGUUAUUAAUUAUUCAGGUGAUAGUGGCACCCAGGAGGUCACCACUUAGUGUGCUGGUGAAGGUUGGUUAUGCUUCCUUCUGGGGUCUCUAGUUUGGUGCCUCGGUUCAUUAGUGUGUUGUUACUGCCUACCUGGCCACGCGAUACCUCCAUUAUUAAAGCUCAGCUGGUUGGCUGCUGUUAAGUGCUGAAGAUCAGACUCUUAGUUACAUCUUUUUGUGCUCGAAACAACCUUCAUGUGGUGGCGGUUGGCAGUACAGCAAGCCUCCGAUGAUGUCUCUAUAUUAAAUAAAUAGUGUAGCAUA